ACACUCCAGAUCUAGCAAAUCAAUAGUUUUAACUGGUUACAAAAUUUCACACUUUACUCUCGAUUUCUCUCCAUAAAAAUAAUUUCUAAGCGUUUGCCAAAAGCUUACUUCCCCGCCAAAUUAUGAAGAACAAAAAUACAAUGCUGAAGAACCCAAAAAUUGUGAAGAUAUCACCCGCAACAGCGGCCAAGAGCUUCGACGUGGCUCAAGUGUGUAGUGUGGACCUGGAGAGCGAUGGCGGCGUUCGGCUGCCGCCGCUGACGCUCGAGAGUCGCAUCCAGCCGGAGGAAGUGGCGAAUGCACGCUUUCGGCUGGUGGAGGCUAGGUCCAAGACGGUGAUGCUCACCGAUCGGCAGUUCGAUGUGCACAUGAAGAGGCUGGUGAAGGUCUUCAUGUCCGAGGUGUCCAUUACCAGAGACAUGCGCGAAAUCACCUUGAAGAGAGCGCUGCAGCCAGCCGACCGGCAGCUCUUGCAGGAUCUGGAGCUACUCAAAGGGAAAUUUAGGCAGGAGCGCUGCAGCCUGGUGGUGACACUCAGCAAGGACAGCAGACACAGACUCCAGCAAAGUGCUGCCAUGGAUAUCGAACCAAAAGGCAGCAACCAGAGCCAAGACCGCAAUGAGAAGCCCCCCAAAUCCGCUGAUGAUCCGAAACCAUCCACUAGUAGAAUGUCCAAGAUCUUCAAGCGAAAACGAGGAGGAGCUCAGCCCAAAGUCGCUUCCAAUCCGCCAAUCAUUUGCAGCAAUAUCGUAACACCCAAAGAGCUGUCGCAAAAGCUAAUGGAAAAGUUGGCCAAAGGCUGCAAGAGUCCUGCAGCACCCGACGAAAUAUACAGGAAACUCAAGCAGAGAUUUGCCAUAACACCUGACAGCUCUGAAGCUAACGAUGCUCCACAAAAUGCUGCCAAAACCGAUCCAACUAACGCUCCUGCAGCUGCUCCAGUAUCCCCUCCGUCUGAGGCCACAUCUGAGGCACUCUUUAGAACAUCAUCAGACAUAUUCUAUGACUUUCCCGUAACCAUCUAUUGAGUGCCCGACUCCCUUUAAAUAUUGGCUACAAAGGCAGUCACACGAUCUUCCAAGACUGUUUCCACCUUUGUAAUCAAAAUCGAUUGAGGAGAUUUUGUGAUUGAUUUUCCAUGAAUGAAUAAAUAGUCAAUGUGCGUUACUCAA